UGAGUGGGAGGCAGGAAAACCGGACAGAGACGGGGAUAUUGCAUUUCCAGCAAUGUUCCAGAAUAAAGCCCCCAUAGCUCUAAAGCCCAGUCUAAAAAUAAUCCACCAGUUGGAGCUCAGUUGAAGAGUCAGGACAGCUGAGGAAGAGGUGAACAGGCUCACUCUGCAUCUAAACUCCCUCUCCGGACUGGAAAGCCUGAUACUCUGCAAUUACAAAGAUCUGAUUUUAUUUGAUCUGCAGUCCCUUAAAGACUCCUUCGAUGGCUCUGCCUAUAAACCCCAUGGAUGAGCCCAGGUUGUACCAGCAGACUCUGCUCCAGGACGGCCUGUAUGACUUGCUGGAGAACGACAAGCUGGUGGACUGUGUGCUAAAGAUCAAAGACAAGGAGUUUCCCUGCCACCGCCUGGUGCUGUGCGCCUGCAGCUCAUACUUCCGCUCCAUCUUUCUGUCUGACCUGGACGAGAGCAAAAAGAGGGAAAUUGUGCUGGAGGACGUUGAGCCCGGUGUAAUCGGUCUGAUCCUCAAGUACCUGUACACUUCCAAGAUCAAUGUCACAGAACAGAACGUCCAGGACAUCUUUGCUGUUGCCAACAUGUACCAGAUUCCUUCGAUUUUCACUGUUUGUGUGUCCUUCUUACAAAAGCGUCUCAGCCUCAGCAACUGCCUGGCCAUCUUCAGGCUCGGUUUGAUGCUGGACUGCCCCAGAUUGGCCGUCUCUGCCCGGAACUACGCCUGCGAGCGUUUUCAGCUCAUCUCCAAAGACGAAGACUUCUUCCUUCUUAACGCCACCGAGGUGGCGGCCAUUUUAACGAACGACAACUUGAAUGUGGAGACGGAGGAGGCUGUGUUUGAAGCUCUGAUGCGUUGGGUGUCCCGGGACAUCGAGAGCAGAGAGAAAGAACUCUCGGAUUUGCUAGACUGUGUUCGUUUGCGUCUCGUCACGGACGAAUACCUGAAAGAAAAAGUGGAGAAACACAAAAUAAUCUCUGCUAAUCCAGAGCUUCAGCAGAAGCUGAAGCUGGUCAGGGAUGCUCGAGGGGGAAAAAUACCGGAGGUCAAAAAGGGCAAGAGGGAGGAAAGUGGGGCAGAGGAAGAUCGAGAAAGUGAAGAAAAGGAGGAUGAAGAAGGUCUUCUGCCAGCUAUUCUGAAUGAUAACCUGCGAUUUGGGAUGUUUGUCAGGGACCUAAUACUGAUGGUGAAUGACACUGGCGCCAUGGCAUACGACCCGUCAGGCAACGACUGCUUCAUGGCGUCAGUCUCCACACAAGUUCCCAAGAACCACGUCAGCCUGGUCACCAGGGAGAACCAGAUCUUUGUGAUUGGAGGAUUAUUUGUUGAUGAAGAGAACAAGGAUGACCCUCUGUGCUCCUACUUCCUGCAGUAUGACCCUGUUAGUACCGACUGGCUCGGGAUGCCUCCCCUCCCGACUCCCCGCUUCUUGUUUGGGAUGGCCGAAGCUGAGAACUCCAUCUUUGUACUCGGAGGGAAGGAGCUGAAAGACAAGGAGGGCACGCUGGAUACAGUUUUGGUCUAUGACAGACAAUCCUUUAAAUGGGGUGAGUCUGAAUCAAUUCUUUACCCAGUUUAUGGACAUUCAGCAGUAUCGCACGAUGAUGUCGUGUAUGUGAUUGGAGGAAAGGGAGACAACAAGAGCUGUCUGAAGAGGAUGUGUGCAUAUGAUGUCAAGAGGUUUGAAUGGAAAGAGCUAGCUCCCAUGAAGACGGCACGCUCCUUAUUUGGAGCCACUCUUCAUCAAGACAAAAUAUAUGUAGCAGGAGGAGUGACCGAUGACGGCCUGACAGACACAGUGGAGGUGUAUGACAUCGGUACCAACAAGUGGUCCGAUUUUGAGCCAUUUCCUCAGGAGCGUAGCUCUCUGAAUCUCGUAUCUUUGGCUGGUUACCUUUACGCUGUAGGAGGUUUUGCCAUGAUGCCUUUGGAAGAAAGUGAAGAAGUCCUUCCCAAAGAGAUGAAUGACAUUUGGAGGUAUAAUGACACAGAGAUGAAGUGGAACGGCAUCCUCAAGGAGAUACAGUAUGCGUCUGGGGCCACAAUACUGGGGGUCCGCUUGAACACCCUGCGUCUCACCAAGAUGUGAAGCUCUCUACAGUUCCUGCAUCUCAAUGGAAAUCGACUUGGAACAAAUAGCACCGUUUUUUACAUUUUUUGAGGGUAUAUUCAUAGUGAAAGACAUUAGGACUUAAUGAAAGAUGGUUAGUAAUGUGUUCAUUUGAUUUUUACACAAUGUUGAAACUUUCUAAUUAGCACUGUGGUGUUAUAAUGAUUUUUUUCUUUAAUUACAUUUUUUAUGUGUUUCUGUAAGUAAUGGACUAAGAUUGGGACAUGCAAUCAGCAGAAUUUACAGUAUUUCUCUGAACUGAAGAAAAAAAAAUUAAAAGAAACUGAAGCCAA